GUCCAUGUUAUGCACUUUCUGUGAUCUGAAAGAAUUAUAAUAUGGCUACAGGAGACCUUAAAGGAAAUUUGCGAAGAAUAGAGCAAGGACUUCGGCUUUUAAAUUAUUCCAGAGAUGUGGAUUAUACUGGAUUAGCAAAGGGUGAUCCAUAUGCAUUUUUGCCCAUCAUCAGCUACUGCUUCACAUCUUUCUCAACACAUAUAAUGGAACUUCUGGUGGAACUGGAUGUGGAACUUACAGCAAAGAAUGACUUGCGCUUUAUUGAGGCCACUUACAAGCUUCUCCGGGAUCAUUUUCAAUAUAAACCAGUCUUAACAAAACAGCAGUUUCUCCAGUUAGGUUUUGCAGAAAGAAAAAUGCAGAUUGUUUGUGAAAUUAUUAGUAUGGUCUAUAAAAAACACAAAGAAUUAAGUAACACGAACAAGGUGAGAUCUCAAACAAGAAAGAAAAGUCAUGCUGUGAAACGCGAACCAGAAGCAAGCAUUUUAGAUCUUCUUGAUUCUAUGUCUGUUGAUGCUAUGAAUUUUCAGCAGAAACCUCAAAUAGAAUGCCAUGUGUUUACAUGUAAUGCAUGUCCCCCCAAGGAAGUAGUCAAUGAAGUACUUCAUGAAGAUACUGAUAUUUCCUACAAUUCACAUGAAAAAAUCUUGGAGGAUAAUGACGAUCAGAUGAACGAAUUAAAGAGCCAACUUGCUGAACUGCAGGAAAAGGUUAAUAAACUGAAAUUGGUUGAAGAAAAAUUGUAUGUUUUAGAAGAGAAACUGCAGGGUAAAUUGAUUAUAGAUGAGAAAGACUGGAAUAAUCUAUUGAGCCGUGUCUUUCUCCUUGAAACACAGUUCUUGCAGCAAUCAAAAAAGAUUGACUUACCCACAGAAUUUAAUAACGUGAAUGAAGACGAUACCUCUGGCAUACAUAUGACUCCAGUUUCUCCAGAUAAAGAAAAGGAGGAGCUGCCAGAGAGUCUUCAUCACUCGUCUGGAUACAGUUCACUGAUAUCUUCAGACCCAUCUCCCAAAGCCGUGGUUGUUAAUAAUCAUGAUUUAUGCAAGGUUUCAAAGGAGACAACAAUACAAAGAAUGGAACGAAUAAACAAAAUGAUUGAAGAAACCUCAGAGUUGUUGAAGACCUCAAGCAGCGUCUCCUAG